AUGUUGAAUAAUACAAUUAUCAAAGCUAAAGAUAUUCAUGAUUUAGUCAAAGAAGGAGAAUGUAAAGAGUUUGAAAUUUUUUAUUUAAAUUCUAUCCACCAUAAAGUCAAAAUCUUGUUGGAAGAAAUUGAAAAAUUUAGUAUUCGAUUAUGUGGUGCCUAUGAAAUCGGAGUAAAAGAAGUUUCUUAUUCUCUAGAAAAUAAAAUAAAAUUUCCAGGUUGA